GUGUGUAUGUGCGUCUGUUUGUGCAUAUAUAUUUAUAUAUAUAUGUGUGUGUGUGUGUGUGAAGAUAAUUUAGUUAGAGGUCAUUUCUAUGCGUAAGCAUUUGCAACAUGCGGCAGCCAGUUGUUGAUAGUGGGACCGUUGUCUUAAAAAAAAACACGCGCCGCCAUAACAAAGGACGCUCGCAGCUGUACGCCCACGUCCACGCCCACUGUAAAGCGCGCAGCAGCAGCACCAGCACCGACAGCUUUGUUUUAUAGUACGCGCAGCCAUGCCAACGACAACAGCAACAACAGCUAAAGCAGCACCAGCAGCAACAAAAUCCACAACAGAAGAAGAAGAAGAAAAUUGCGAUACGCUAAUGGCGUCCGCAACAACAACAACAACAACAGCAACAAAAGAGGAACAGACACCACCAGCGUCAGCGUCAGCGUCAGCGUUAGCAUCACUGCCGCAGGCAGCUCCUGAUGCAACGCUAACUGCAGCUGCGCGGUCAACGCCAACGCCCACGCUGCUUCCUCUGCUGGCCUCGGCAGCCGCUUGCAAUAAACAGUUGCUGUUCUGCCGGCGUUUUAAGGAUGCGUCCGCUGGCGGCGUCGACGGCGCUGGCUUUUUACGUAACUUCAACUCGUUGCCGCUGUUCGUCUACGCAACGUCUCCGUCGACGCACGCCAGUUCUGCGGAUGGCGUCGGCGUUGCCAAGGAAGCAGCAGCCGCUGCAGCAGCUGCGACGGCGUUCAGUCAAAAGAAUGACGGCUUUGAACUACCCGCAACGCAUGGCAUCUGCAAAACAGACGGCAGCUGCAUUAGCCAACACAGAAACAGCAACAGCAACAGCGGCAACAACUGCAGCAGCAGUGGUGGCCACGCACGCGUCACAGAAUUGGCCAGCGGCGCCAUGGAGUGCUUGCCAUUGAGCGGCGUCGGUGGCGGCGGCGUUGUCACACAUCAUCCGCAUCUGAUGGCAGCGAGCGCUGCUGGAGGCACUGUUGUUGCUUCGCCAACGGCAACGGUGGUUGUGGGUGCCACAUAUCCGCACCAUUUGCACCACCAUCAUCAUUUGAGCCACCAUGCGCCGUACAGCAAUAGCUAUGGCAGUCAUCCGCAUCAUCCCAUACACAGCGAGCAGACCAAGUCGCUGCAGGAGCUGCAGCAUGAGGUGGGCGCUUUGUUGGAAUUCCGAGAUCUGGUCAUCGAAACGUUUCCCGAUCUCAAGCAUAAAAUGGCCUCCAUGUCCGCCACACCAUCUACGCCCAGCUCUGUGGGCGCGCUAGGCGGCAGUCACUCGGUGGGCGGCGGGAGCGGUGGUGGAGGCAGCUCCUCGUUAGCAUCCAGACGUGAAUGGGAGCCCGGAAUACGCAUGAAGCGCAAACUGUCGCACAAGGAACCGUCCACAACAACGGCCGCUGCAGCCGCAUCCGCUGGAGCUGAGCCGUCGUCCUCGUCGCUAACGCGUAGCCGCAGUAACUCGCACAGCGGCAAGAAAGAGCCAAAGAGCGGAGAGAACAACAACGGAAGCGUUGUACAGGACUCCGGCUUCUCAACGGAGACUAGUUCCUCCAAGGAGGGCCACAGUGCUUCCUCCACCAACGGUGCUAUGACGGUGGCCAUAGCAUCGAACCGUCUGAGCUGCGCCGAGUCGGAUGAUGAGCUGCUCAACCUGCUGGAUGUCAUACACCGAAAAUCGAAUCGCUUACGCGAGGAGGUCGAACAGCUGCAAAGCUAUGAGCGCCAACAGGGGGAUGCGGCGAAGGGCCACAAAAAUGCUAUUGGCAUGACACCGCAGCAGUUCCGAGAGCAGGUGGAGCGAAUCAAUCGCGAGGAUAUCAAACAGUUGCGCAAGGAGCGCGAUCGUCUGCUGGACAAGCUGGCCGAAAUGGAGGCGGAAACUUUAACGGGCCGCAUUAAGGCGGCCAAGAUGAACGAUCAGGUCGAAGAGUUGAUCAGCGUCAAAAAGGAUCUCGAAGAGCAGCUAAAACUGGCCAUGGCUCAAAAGCUGGAGCUGAGCUCGCGAGUGCAGCAGCUACAGUUGCAGCAGCAGCAGCAGCAACAACAACAGCAGCAGCAGAGCAAAAGCUCAUCCAGCGCCAGCCAGUCAGAGCUCUCCAGUCAACGCAACUUUUUAUCCUCUGCGACGACGGUGCUCUCCAACAGCAGUCGCCCCAGUCUCAGCAGCAACAACACAUUCCAGCCGGUUGUGCUCGAUCAGCAGCAACAGCAACAGCCAGCGCCGGAGGCAUUCCAUCAAAGCUCAGGCAGUGAUACAGCAAUAGCGGCAGCGAGAAGGCAACAACAGCAGCUGGGACGUUUGGAUGGUGUUGUGAGCACGCCUGGCGCCCGGAAUACCAAAUGCCGGAUUACAGACUCCAAGCGCUUCUCGGCCAUUUUGCUGGAGACGAAUGUGCUAGAGCUGCAGCGGCACCUGCUCACGCUGACUGUGCAAAAUCAGGUGCUGGCCCAGAAGCUGGACUCGUCCAGCAAGUCAAAGUCGCUGCUGACCAAGCGGCUGGACAAGAGCGUAGAGGAUACGGAGGAGCUGCGCUUUCAGUUGGAGGAGAAAAACAUCGAACUGGAGGGCACAAAGGCGCAGUUGCGCGUCCUGGAAUCCCGGCUGCAUGGCAGCAGCACUACCAAUUCGUAUCUGAACUCCUCCUCGCAGCAUGACUACGAGACGAAUCGCUCGUCGGCUUCCACCACGCUGAUGCUCAGUCGUCGUGGCGUUCCCGACUCGGUGGAUUCGGCAUCAACAUCGGUAUCGGCGGCCAUGCCACGUUCCGAUCAGAUAAGCACGCCCAGCAUGAAGGCCAUGGUGCCGCUGGCCAUGGAGGAGCUGCAGCAGCACAGCAGCAGCACCGAAUCCGCGCACGAGCACGAACCGGAACGCACGCCCAAUGAUUCCACGCAGAGCAAGACAAUGGUCAACAUCAGUCCCAGUCCGCUGGGCAGCAGCACGCCCACCGCGGCCGCCGGCAGCAGCAGCAUUGCGGCACGCGUCAUGAGCUCCAGCGUGGGCGGCGUCAGUCCCUUUGAGCAGACGCCGUUGCGCAGCCACGCUUUUCGCAAGUUUAACAGCGCCAGCAAGCCGAGCAAGAUACCGCUGCCGGGCAGCAAAGCGGCCGCCUACUUUGCGGGCAAGCCGCCAACGGGUCGACCCUCGACGGCGGGUCGUUCGCCGCCAUCGGUGCAUAACUCCAGCAGCGUCUCUUAUGGCAGCAGCAGCAAAUCCUCGCUAAGCCGCAGCACCGGCAAUCUCAGCCAGAGCUUAAAGCGUGGCGAUUCAGCAUCCAAUCAUUCGCUGAGCACAAACACCAGUCGCAGUUCGACAUCGUCCUCCAUACCGCUGGCCACCACACCAUACUCAUCCAGCUCGGCUGGUGGCAAUCGUAGCAGCCACACGGCCACAACGACUCCGUCCCCGCGCGUGCUCCAAAAUUCGCCAUUGCCCAAGCUGAAGCGCGAGACGCUCAGCUCACGUGUGCGUCACCUCGACUCACUUUCGCGCGCCCAACACUCGCCCGAGCAGCAGCAGCUCAACAACAGCAACAACAGCAGCAACGGCAGCGGGGGCGCCUCGCACAAAAGCGCCCAGCUGAGCACCAGCGGCAGCUCAAGCUCCAUUGCGGCACAGUUGAGCACAACGCUGCGCAAGGAUCUGCAGCUGAAUGCCACAACGGGGCCAUCCUAUCAGCGACGCGCUGCUGCCAUUGGCAGCGGUGGUCCAACGGUGGUGCGUCGCUUUAGCAGCGCCUCGGCGGGCAGUGCGAGGCUGGCGCGUGAGCGUGAGCGCGAGCAGAGCAAUGAUCCAAUGGCCACGCCCACGUCCAGUUAUGGCGACAGUGAUAGUGGCAAGAAUUUGGCAAAUUUCAUUCGUAAGCCAAAUUUCCGUUUCAAUAACAACAAUUGGCAAUUAUGGCAAACGAGCAACAACAACAACAAUAAGAACAACAACAGGCACAAUGUCAUUUUUAUGGAACCCCUAACAUACAUCAAAGAGCUGCCAAGCGAUGAAGCCGAUGUGUCCGAGGAGACGGCUUACGAUUCGUAUUACACGCAAUACACAACGCCCGAUUCGAUGGACUGUGGCAGCGACAAUCUGCUGGUGACCUUCGACUAUGGUUACAGCGAUUCCAUUGGGGCGCCACCAAUGCCAGCGCCAGCUUUUGCCGAGGAUGACCACGGUGCGGAUGGCGAGUGCGCCAUUUGGUUUGGCACGCCCCCAAAUGAUGCCAAGGCAUUCACGGUGCAUCAUGUGCAGCAUAAGCCGCAGCUGCUCGAAGAGAGUCUGCAAUCCUUAAUAUCCUACGAUGUAGAUAACUCGGAAUCAGAAUCAGAGCAAGAACAAGCACAAGAUCCAAACGCAGACAAGGAAGAGUUUUUCUAUGAUAGCAUUGAAUGCUGCACUUAAAUUUUCAUGCUGCGGCAUUAUUAUAUAGGUCUAUAUAUAUCCAUUUGGACGGAUAUUUUUUAUUUGAUUUCAUUAUUUAGCUAGUCUACGCAACUGUUAGGCACGCGCAUUGAAAGUAUAUAGUUGUAUGUAUUUUAGGUAAUGUAUGUUUGCAUGUACUAUAUCUAAAGACAUGAUGUAAGCAAUACGGAAUGAUGUAUGCACAUGUUGUGCACGUAAAUAUGUAUGAACUGUACUAGGUCAGACCCAUAUGUAAAUUGUUUGAUUUUCUCCUAUUUAUAGCUAUAACUACAUUUAGAGAUCUACUAAAGUAUACCCAACUACUAUAUAUACGUUUGAGCAUAAUUUAUAUCUAGUUGAUUGUGUGCAUCGAUUGUAAAAUUCGUCGUAAGUUUAAUAUUAUCAUGCACUAUGCUUACUUAUUUGUACUCUCAAACUAACUUUAUGAAAUUCGUAUUAGACAGCAGCUAUACAAUUUAGUUGUUAAUUUGUGAAAUUUAGUUAACACCCAGAUUGCAUGUAAUGUAUGUACAGGACUUUUUAUAUGAACUAAGCCAGCGUAUGAUUGAAUUGAAUUAAUUGUCUACACAUAGAACUUAUCGUAUAUUGUUAUCAAGAUGCGUUUACCACAUUUAUAAAAACCCAUUUGAAAACAAAAGCAAAGUUGAUCAUAAGAAAGUGAUUCAACGUUAAAAAAAAUACAUAUACUAUUACUUAUUCAAAGGCGAGAAAUUUGAGCAUAUAUCCAUUUAAAUAGCAAUUGUAAUUGAAGACAACAUACUUAUUAAAAACAAAACAACAACAACAAAAAAAGAAAAGACA